UCUGUCGUACUUGACAGUAUGGUUUAUUAUUUAGAUAGUAAAAUUAUAAAAGUUGGAACAAGCGGAUUAUGACAGCUGUAUAAUUGAUAAUGCGCUUGCUCGUACGUGAUAUUUUGCUCGAGAUCGAAGAUGAGGAGCGACAGCAGCAUGGAGGCCGGAGUCUAGUCUCUGUGUACUUUUGGGGCGGUAGUAGUGUCACUACAGUUAAAUAAAUUAAAUCCACUCCAACUAUAUAAGUUUAAUGAUAAUAUCAGUGGCAAUAUAAAUAAUAAUAAUCAUUAUGACAAUUAGUUUUAAAGUGUAAGAUUUAAUCGUUAGUAUUAUUACAUUUAAAUACGUAGACGCCAAUUUAUUGUGAUAAUAAUGACGCGCCACAAUUCGGAGGCCUUAGCUGUUUCCGAUGAGCGGCGACUGCAAUACGAAGAGUAUUAUUCGAUCACCAGGAAAAUCAUUGCCCGUGGUGUUGUCGACUAUUAAAGUGAGAGUGUCGUCACGACGUGACUUAUCGCCUUCCCCGUGUGCCAAGAAGAGACGGAAGUAUAAUAGUGAAAGCUGGAAAUCGUUUAACGAGGACAAUAUGGCAUCGCAGAGUUCAAACUCACCUGGACUUGUCAACGCAGCAUCAUCCACGCUGUCUACUACGGGAUCAUCGGCACCAGUGGCUGUUGCAGCACAAUUGCCCUCGUCGUCAUUGUCAGUAGCAACCUCGUUAUCUACGCCCUCGGCUUCUGCUUCAACGUCCCCGUCGCAGUCACCCUCGCCGUCACCUAUGCUGUCGCCAUCCUCCAUCUCUUCUAUGCCUCAAGGACUUCAAACUCAUUCGCAGCAGAAAUCAAAUAAUUUUGAACCGCUUGACAAAAGUUCAUCCAAUACUUUGAAGAGAAAUCCCAAAAUGGAGUUGAGUAAAACGGAUCUGUUGAAGCUUCUUGGAUACUUGGAGGGAGAAUUGCAAGCACGUGACAUUGUAAUAGCUGCAUUAAAAUCGGAAAAAAUGAAGCAUUUGUUGAGCUCGCGGUAUCGGAGUGGUACAGCAGAUCCUCAUUCAGCGUUAGCACGGGAUGUUGCUAUUGUGGGUGGUGUUAUGCGAAUGGAGAACAAUCAAACAGACCGACAAGUUGCUAGUUUAGAGGCUCUUGUCACUCAACAAAGACGAAUGCAAUGUCGAAUGGCCAAGGUUCUUAAAGAGGCGGAAAUUCGACAUAGAUUGGUAAUAAAAGAAUUAGAAGAAGAGAAACGUAAGCAUGAACACGACACGGCACAGGGCGAUGACAUUACUUAUGGACUUGAAAAAGAGCGUACUAGAUUAAAAAAAGAAUUAGAAUUAGAAAGACAAGAGAAAAAACGACUGGAAAUGGAAUUGAAAAAAGAAAAUAUUUCACUUGAAGUUGAAAAAUCACGUGAAAAACAAAUAGUAUUGGUAUUAUUAGCUGAGCUUGAGAAAAUCAUAAUGAAGUACGUUGAGGAGAGAAAGCGUUCCGAGGACUUGGCCCAAAUAUUGAGUGAAGAAAAGGUACGCAUUGAUUCGAUGGCCGAGGGAUUGGAAGAAGAGAGUAAAAAGUCCUUACAAAUGGAGGCUGAGUUAGAAAAACAACAAGCGCAAUUUGAUAUGGAGCGUCAGCAGUAUCGUCAAGCACUUGCUAAAGCUGAAAAACGCAGCAAGGAACUGGAAGCGGAUCUCGAGGGGCUCAAAACGGAAAUAGAGUCGUGGAAGAACGGUGCUACUAUGCGUAAUGUUCGCACACCAUUGGGUGUUACUCCACCUCCGCCACCAGCGAAGCCUGCCAAUUUAGCAGCUAUACCCACACUGAGACCUUCUGGUAGUGCUGCACAAUCUCUCAAAGGAUCAGCUGUCCUUGGUACUGGAACACCAAUGGUCAGCAGCAAGGUCGUUCAACCUACUGCGACUGUUUCCAGCGUACCUGUAAGCGGUCCAACUACAGGAAUUGCUAGAUCAGUGACACCUCGACAAGCAAUGCGAGGCGUUACAUACGGAGCAGCUGUACCCGCGACACCAAUUACAAAUGUCACUACUGGCACCUCAAAUGUGCCACUUGCCAGCAAUAUCACUACUCUAACAAGUGUAUGUACUACAACAACAAUUACAACCGCCCCAACGAACGUCAAUACUAAUGUAGGACCACCGAUCGGUGGUGGCGUUGAAUCAGCGGCCUCCGAGCCUCAGACAACGGAUAAGCGUACAGUAACGCCGCUCCUCACUCCAUCUUCAUCGUCAUCUUCAUCACCAUCACCGUCAUCAGCAUUGUCAUCGCCUGGAGCCGGACAAUUGACAGGAACUAAAAAACCUCUUGUUCCACGAGGUAUACCGCCUCCAGUGCCGCCCAAUAAACCGGUCGUUCCGCCGAAAAAAGAAGCUGCUACUUACAUGAGACGGACUGAUCCGAAUUCUCUUCAAGAUUCGUUAAAAAUAAAUAAAUCUUCUGCUCCGUGUCAAACACCCGUUCCAGCUUCACCUGUCAUUCAACCUGCGCCAGUCAGUCCUAUUCCGAGUCAUCAAAUUGAAGAGGAAAUGAUGGAACAAAAACGAAGCACUACUGCACACACUUCACGCAUUAAAAAAGCCUCCACUCAGGAAUUUUUUCACAAUAACUGUCAAGAAAUAAAACUAUGAAAUUGAUCUGAUUAAGUUUGUGAUGUUACCACUGCCUCGUGAUUACUUGUGUGGAUUUUUUGGUGAUUACUGGAGACUGUAUAAAAUAAAAAAAAAAAAAAACAUUAAAUGGUUAGUUGAAAUGUUGCUUAUAAUAAUAUAAUAAUAGACACAAUAAAUUGC